AUGGCGCCCGCAAAAUCCAAGGCCCAGAAGAUGUCCAUUGGGACCUUCUUGGCUGAUGAGAGUCUCGGCUCUUGGGCUGAUGAGAUGGAGGAUAUGCCUCUUCCAGCUGCGCCCCCCUCGACUUCUGGGUUCGGCGAUCGUCGUCCCGCUGGUGGCAUGGGUUUCGGCGGUGGCAGCAGUUAUGAACGUGGUGGAUAUGCCGUCCGGGAGCCACUUGCUCUCCCCACCCAGCCUCCGUUCACUGCCCACGUCGGAAACCUUUCCUUCGAAGCGACCGAAGAUGAUAUCGCUGAUCUCUUCGCCGGGUGCGGCGUGACGAAUGUCCGUAUCGUGGAGGACAAGUUGACAAAGAGCCCCAAGGGAUUCGGAUAUGUGGAAUUUGAGACGGUCGAUGGAUUGCAGAAGGCUUUGGACUUGUCCGGCUCGACCCUUCAAGGACGAUCGAUCCGAACCAGCGUUGCGGAGCCUCGGUACUCAGCCAAGGAAUCGCGUCCCGACAUGAGGGAGCUGGACUGGACUCGCCGUGGUCCUCUUCCGGAGCUCCCCCAGCGACGUGUGCCCGACCGUGCGAGCUUUGGGCGUAACAUGGACGCCGCUUCAGAUGCCGGUAGCGAGCGCGGUGGUAGCCGCCGCGGCUUUGAAUCGGAUGGAAAACCCCGCGAUUUCGGCAACUGGGAACGCAAGGGGCCCCUCUCUCCUCCGAGUGGCCCGGUCCGGGAAGGCGGCAGGCCCCGCAGCAAUGAUGGACCUGGCUCUGGCUUCCGCAGAAACUCCCCGGCGUGGGGUGAGGGACGCUCGCAGGAUGGAUCGCGCCCCCCGCGCCCCGAGCGCACGCCUACCGCGGCCGAGAUGGACAACCAAUGGCGAUCAAAAAUGCAGCCGGCCAAGGAACCCAGCAACCCUCCGUCCCCCGUCGCUCCCGCCGCCGCUCCCGCUACCCGCCCCAAGUUGAACCUGCAGAAGCGAACCGUCCCGGAUGCCGUAUCCAGCCCCGCUUCGGCAACCAGCGGCGACUCGAAGGCUAGCCCCUUUGGCGCAGCCCGACCCAUCGAUACUGCGACUCGCGAGCGUCAGGUGGAAGAGAGGCGCCAGCUUGCGAUCCGCCAGAAGAAGGAGGCUGAUGAGAAGACCAAGGCUGAGAAGCCCGAGAAGCCCGAGAAGGCUGACAAAGCUGACAAGGCCGAGAAACCCAAGCACACCAAGGAGGAGAAGACAGUUCCAGUGGAUUCCAGUGGCAAGGAUGCCGUUGACACCCCCCAGGGUGGAAAGAAUUUCGAGAUCCUCCGGCGGGCCGGUGAGGAAGAGGGCGGUAUGGCAGCCGACCACGAAGCAGAGGAGACCACAGCUCCUGGUGCUUCUGAGGCACCAAAGGAACCUGUUGCCAACGGAAACUGGAGAGCCCAGCCUACUGAGGCCGGUGAUGAUGAGGGAUGGAGCACAGUCAGUGCCAAGCAGCGCACCGGCCGUCGUGGGCAGACCGGUCGUGGAUUCGCCUAA